UCAGUGACAGCUUCAUCCCACAUGAGAACUAUUUUUGUCAGUAUCAGUACCAAUCUCAAUCAUUAAUUCACAAUCAAUUAUAUAUUUUACAUUUAUUUUGCGGUCAAAGGACAAAUAUCUUAAAUAUCUUCGUCCCAUGUCCAGACUUCACUUAAAUCUUUUACCUAUAAAUACCAAAUUCAAGAACCAAAUUCUUCACAUCUCUCUCUCUCCCUCUAUCUCUCUGUUUCCUGGAAAAUUUUCUCUCGUAGAGUUAGCGUUAGAGAGAGAGAGAGAGAGAGAGAGAGAGAGAGAGAGAGAGAAUGGCAAUUCAGGAAAUCAAAGAUGUCGAGAGGGGUGAUAUCGUAAAUAAGGUGGAGGGUCUAGGGAAUCCAUUGUUGAUGUUGAAGAGUGUGGAGGAUCAAGAUGAUGAAGAAGAGAGAGAGAUUAAUGAAUCUUACUUGAUGGUUUUCUUUAGCACUUUUGUUGCUGUCUGUGGCUCCUUUGAAUUUGGCUCUUGUGUUGGAUACUCAGCGCCAACUCAAUCAUCUAUAAGACAAGAUCUCAAUCUCUCCCUUGCAGAGGCUAUGAGAAUGUCAGCUUGCUUCUGUAUUACUGGCUGGCUCGCUGUCUUCUUCUCCAAGGGUGCUUUAUUACUUGAUAUAGGAAGGUUCUCAACAGGAUAUGGAAUUGGAGUUUUUUCUUAUGUGGUGCCUAUGUACAUUGCUGAGAUAUCUCCCAAGAAUCUACGAGGUGGACUCACAACACUGAACCAACUCAUGAUUGUGAUCGGCUCAUCAGUUUCUUACAUGUUCGGAUCUCUCAUUUUCUGGAAAACUCUUGCACUUACCGCACUUGCCCCCUGCAUUGCUUUGCUCUUUGGUUUGUGCUUCGUACCUGAAUCUCCCCGAUGGCUGGCACAAGCAGGCCGUGAGAAAGAGUUUCGCGUAGCUCUACAAAAGCUGAGAGGAAAUGAUACAGAUAUCACCAAUGAAGCAGAAGAUAUCCAAGUCUCGAUUCAAUCUCUUGAGAUUCUACCAAAAGCAAGAAUCCAAGAUCUUGUCUCCAAGAAGUAUGGUCGAUCUGUCGUUAUUGGUGUUUCCCUGAUGGUAUUCCAACAAUUUGUGGGAAUCAAUGGGAUAGGAUUCUACGCAAGCGAAACGUUUGUUAAAGCCGGACUUUCGUCUGGGAAACUUGGAACAAUCGCUAUCGCUUGUAUUCAGGUGCCCAUUACUGUUCUUGGAACAAUCUUGAUAGAUAAAUGCGGAAGAAGGCCACUAAUAAUGGAACAAAGCUUGUUGCUUGAAUGGGUUCCUGUCUUAGCCGUGGGAGGUGUACUUAUCUAUAUAGCUGCUUUCUCCAUUGGGAUGGGACCUGUUCCUUGGGUGAUAAUGUCUGAGAUAUUUCCGAUAAACGUGAAGGGAAUCGCAGGAAGCUUAGUGGUACUCGUGAAUUGGUCUGGUGCAUGGGCUGUUUCUUACACUUUCAACUUCCUCAUGAGCUGGAGCUCUCCAGGUACAUUCUACAUUUACUCUGCUUUUGCAGCAACGACGAUUAUCUUUGUGGCCAAGAUGGUGCCUGAAACUAAAGGGAAGACACUCGAAGAGAUCCAAGCUUGUAUUCGAAGAGAAACAUAAGUUGAAAGAUACAAUCAAUUUUAUGGAAAAAUGAUCCAAAGAGUCGUGUUUUUUUUUUCUGCCGAUGGUGAGCUCUCAAGGUGGUUUAGAGUAAAAUAUUGCCGGGAGAUACACCGGUGAAAUUCCGACGAUGAAGAUUUUGAGUAAAAGUUUGUUUUUAUUUAUUUGUUUGUUCAUGUCAAAGUUUUCAUCAAUUAGUUUUGGAUUGGUUAUAUCGUGGAAAAUUAGAAGAAAAGUUAAUGUAAUGGUAAAGAAUCAGUCAAGCAAUAAAAGACUUGGUUUGGCUCAAU